CGGCGGGCGGGUCUCGCGAGAGGGGGCGGGGCGGUGCUCCCGGCUGUCAGCGCGAUGAGGAGGCGCCGCCGAGGCCCCCGCCGCUGCCUCCGCCGGGCCGCGCCGCGCUGCUCGCCCCAUGGCGUGUGAGAGGCCGGGGCCGCCGCCUACUCCCGGCCCCGCCGCCCGCGCCUCGCAGGUAGGAGCGGGCUGGGUGGGGGCGGCCGGCGCGGGGGACGCGGUGACCCGGCGGGGCCCCGCCCGCCCCCCCCCCCCCCCACUUCCCCCGCCUCCCGGCGCCCUGUGGGGUCCCGGCGCUGCGGAAUCCGGGCGAGGAGCGGGGCCGGGCCUCGCCCGCCGAGCGCGGCCUGUCAGCGCCCCUGCCCCGCCGGGCACCGGCCGUCGCUGCGGUACGGGGGAGGGGGCUGCCCGCCCGCCCCCCUCCCCCUCGCCGCUAGGCUGCUGGGCCAACCGGGGGACGUGGGGCAGCCAUUUGGUGGCGGCUUCGAAAUGACGGCAAGAGCUGGGGCUGGGCACAGGUGCGCGGCCGGCGGCUGCUGACAGCGGCCUGGCGGAGGUGGGGGGGGGGGCGAGGCUGAGAGGAGACCCGCUGGGCCUUCCCGCGGCGUGCGCCGGGGCUGCUCCGCGCUGGCACCGGCGAACGGCAGACGGUGAGGCUCCCGGUUACCUCGCUGGCAGCCCUUUCGGUAUGCCUCAGCACCGACCAGCCUGUUCUGUGGUGUCCUCCAGUACGGAGGAGAAUUGCACCGGUAUCACGAGUAUUCCCACUCUUGUGGAGCUGUGCUUUAGGGUAAUGGUGGAGAAGAGUCAUGGUGGAAAAUAGGCCCUAGAACUGCACCCAUCGUGUCACGUUUAACGUGUCUUAAACAACAAAACAAAACAACUGAGCAGGAAAAGCAUGUCUUAGUUCUGCUGAUGCUUGAGGUGCACUGAGGAUUUUAAGUUACAUGUAGAAGUGAGCACAAAGCCUAGAAGAGGGCAGCAAUUGAUUGGAGAGUGAUGAAUAUUCCGUUACAGUCAGGGUUCAGAGUGGAAUCGCGUGGAUCUUUAAUGAGUGAAAAUAAUGGCAAAGUUUAGGCUGGUGACCAGGAAAAUUUCUGAUCUAGGUCUGGUUCACUUUAAGUGCAAACUUAGGAUUUUGGUUGGAUUUAGUUGUAAUUCCUGUAGCUACUCUUGUAGAUUAUUCUAUCAUGCCUGUUAUAGCUGUAUCAUAAUGUUGAAACAAAAAUUAAAAACAGCCUUUUGAAUUGCAAGGAUAUAAAAAUUUUAAUUGUGACAGAAAAGAGCUUCUCAUUUCAAAUGAGAACCUACAAGUACAAUUGUAAAUUUUUCUGAAUCAAACUACUCUUAUUUGACCUUUUGGUCUGUGUUAAACAUCUGUAGAAAUUCUAGAAAUUGAAGUUUGCAUUGCUAGUAUAAGUAUUAUUAUGUGAAGCACUGAAUUCUUAAUUUUUGUAAUUAAUCACUUUCCUGAGAAGUACAUGCCUUUUUAAUGAACUUUUUCUUGUUUCUGCAAUGUAAGCAAAGCUUUCCACAAGAAAAGGUUUCUUAUUAACUCAUGUUCCUGUCCUCUUUGAGGUCACGGCCAUUUCUCUCAAAAAUACUCAAUUCCAACAAUUUCAGUGUCAAUGCUUGAGAUAUCUCAAACUUAAAUCCUAGUCUUCAGUAUUGAUCUCUUUUAUUUAAGCCUUUGUUGAUUUACAGGAGAUAGAAUAUUUACAGUAUCCAGAGAGUAAUAGCUGGUAGCAUUUGUUUUGUUAGGUGUAUGGUAUGUUUUGUUUGUAAGAUUUUGUAUACCCCUUAAUGGGAUGAAUAGAAGUGGCCUCUCCUUACUGACUGGACAAUUCUAAUGAAAUGGGAAAAAAAAAAUCUAUAUCCAUGGGCAUAUUAGGCUCUUCUGUACAAACUUUAAAAAUGCUUUCUGACUCCUAUGGAACCCUCUGCUUUCUUGCCUGUGUCUCAGAAUGGAAUUAGUAUUUCAUUAAAAUUAUUUGGGACAUGUUAGAAUACGGAAUUUCUCUUUUGUAAAAUGUAUAGUUUAAGCAUGGAGGUCAUGCUUUAAAAAUAAAAAAAGGCAUGGGGAGCCAAGCCAUCCAGGAGAGUCCUUAUUCUCUGAAAAUAUUAAUGAAGAGCAAGGAAUUCUUAAGUGUAUCUCAUCUUGAAGUAAUUGUGUCAAAAUAGAUCUGCUUAGAAAUAGAUUCCCUUUCUCUGCAUUCAGUGUGAGUUCAACUGAUUUUGGUGGCAAAGAAAAUUUUUCAUUUAUUUGCCCUUCAGUUACUCCCAAAAAGUCAAUACUGUUACAGGAGCUGAAUUUCUAUCAGGCUUGUGGCAAGGACAAACUCUUCUCUCAGUGACACCUACAAAACACAAAAAAACCCCACACUGGCAUUACAUAAGUACAUAGGAAACUUUUAAAAAUCUGGUAACAGGAUUUCUGCUAGCAGCACUUGAACAGGAAAGAGCAGGUGUGAACUGUUGAGGAUACAGUGACUCUAGUGUUGACUUGGCGGGGAUUUACCUCUGAAUUGAGUGAACUUUGGCAGCCUCUGAGCAACCUGAACUUAAAUUUGUAUUCGUGAGUUGUACCGCUGUUCAUGGGGAGUUAUUCUUCAGCCAUGUGUUUUAGGGAGGGAGAGGGGAUCCAAGCUUUAAUUUUUUAAGAAGAUAGCAAGUGAAGCAUCCCAUAAGUGUUUUGGCAAAACAUAGUCUGGCUAGAGAUCUGUAUUCUAGUACGUCACCAGGCUUUCCCUUGAUGAUAACUUUUCUGGAGUUUAAAUUGGGCUGUAAAUACCCCCAGUAGCAUUAAUGUUCAGUGAAAAAAUGGCAUCGAAAUACUGUCUUUAAUGGUCAUUAAAGACUCUGCUUUAUAUAUAGAAUUUCACAUGAUCAGAAGAGACUUACAUGUGACAUAUUAUGGAAUGUAGAAAUAAGCAAGUCUGCUCUGUAAAGAGGAUUUAUUUUCAUUUCAAGCCGUCAUAGCUGAAUGAUGCAAAGCUAUUAUGGGGAUGGCCCUUUUCUAAGCCUUUAAUGAAGCUAGUUUUUUAGAUCUGUAGAUGAUGGCAGUUGAAGAGAAAUGAAUAAAAGAUUUUAGUCCUUUCAGAGAAUAAUUUAAUACUGAUAAUUUGAUUAUGUGGACACUAUGUUUUUGACCAAGGCAGGAUGUUUUCAGAACUACAUCAUUUAGGAAGGCAGGCAGGCAGGCUUGAAGAAGCUACCUGCUUAUAGUGCAAACAAAUGAUUAAUCUGCAUAAAUGGAAAAUUAUAAUGGAGAUCACUUAAUAAAGAAAGAGAAUACCAUGAUCUCUGCAGUCAACAUUAAGAGCAAGUCAAUAUCAAGGACUCUUUAAUUUAGCGAUUAAAAAUCAAUUGAAUUCUAAGAUUUAGGCUGAAAUCCACAGUGGGAUUGUAAUUGGACUACCUUGAUUUGUGAAAAUGCCAUAUAAUCCCAUAAGUUUCAGGAUUUUUCUUCAUCUGUAGAGAAGACUUUCCUUUGUUCAGCACUGACAGUUACUCCAUGUCGCAUUCUUGUAGAAGCUCUGCUUAUUAGACUUUCCUUUGCCUGUAUCCCACGAGGGACCUGAUCAAGUAGGCCUGAGCAGAGCAGACCUAGUGUGGAGCUGCAAGACUGCCGCUGUUGUUCAGAAACAUGGCUGCUGGUGUGACGCUGCUGCUUUGCUUUUUUCUCUAGGCAUUUGCCUAGGCUAUAGGGGAACGGAGUUCAAGCCUUCAACCCUUCCUGUGAAAAGGGAUGGAACUUGCAUAUCUUGCAUUUUGGUAAAUGCCCUGACUCUGGGCAGUGUGCAGUUUUGAAGGGGAUUGCUCCCUACCCCGUGUUGAACCUGUCUGACUUUGAAGAGAAGAAAGUUUUCUUAAGUUGAGACCCAUGCUCACCAUGCUACCUAGGAAUUGGGGCACGUGGCUGGGGAGGAGGCACUGGGGUUUGUUUGCUCCUUCCUAGGAGAACCAUACCUAGAUGUGAUCCAAUGACUGAUUAGUAAAAAUGCACAAAUAAUCUUUAAAAAUGAAGCAAAAUCCAAGUCGUCUGCUCAGGCAGCUGAAGAUGAGGCUGCAGUUGUCUUUGAUGAAUAUUUGGUCCUUUUAUGUGUGAGGAAUAGCUUCAAGGAGAGGGACUGAAAUUGCCCCAUCCCUAAAUGUGUCUAUUUGGAUGCUUCUUUGUAGGAUGAAAACAUGGAUUAAAAGUAUUUAAAAAUAAUUGAAUUUAUAUCUUUUCGUGUAAAUGAGAAAUCUAGUCACUGAACUAAGAUGUAACGCAACACCAGCACCACUAACUAAAGAUAUCCCUUUAUUUUUUGUGUAAAGUUGUUGAACUCCUGAGGUCGUUAACUUCUGGUGUGGAGAAGUCAACAUCUCCUCCCGGUGUUAGGCCUCUAAGUCCUGCAUAAAGGUAGACUUUAAGAUAAAGCACUGUCAUCAGAAUUUCUAAUUAGCUAGUCCAGGCAAUGUUCAGCUCAACAUGCUGGCUCAGUAUCCUGCCGUGGGGUUCUGAAACCUCUCCUUGCCUUGCUUAACAAGUACUAAUACUCAACUUGGGAGGCCAAGCACCAAAUGUUCGACACUGCUCUUCAUAGAUCAAGCCCUCUGUCUUUAAAGGUUUGUUGGAAUUCCUGCAGAUUUGUCGUGUCCCUACCUUCCAAAUAGCCCUUUAUUAUAUCUGAACAAAAUGUGGUAUUUUUUGGCUGGGUUCUGGUUGGCUGUUCGCGUAUAUCCUGAUAGAUCAGAAAAGUGGGCAGAACAGACAGAUAACUGCCAAGCCUGGUGCCGUAGCCUUUCCUGAGAAGCAUGUGAAUUUAGACUUUUUUCCAGAUACCAACUUCCAUAGAAUGUAUAUACAUUUCAGACGUGAUACAUCUCUAUCAGGUUUGCUCGAAAAUGGUCCAAGGGUUCUGAGGCUCAUCUGGGAGAGGAGCAGAUUAAUAAAAGGCAUGAUCACCUAAGAUUGAUUUCUUUAGGAAAUCAGGAUUAAAUUAAACAUGUCCAAAGGUUGUUGAGUAAGUACAAUCACUUGGAUUAGUUGAAAAGAAUGCCACGAGAUUAGGUAGCUAAAAGUUAAUGUAAAAUAAGAACAUCUAAAUCUUACCACUUUGAAGAUUUGUAAAUGGUACAACUACUCAAGAAAGGGUUUUGCUUCACUUCCCCACCCUCCCAUUUCAUCAAAUAUUCUGGUCUAAAAUUAUCAUGAGAAAAUCAGUCAUUUAUCAUGGUAUCACUGUUACUACACUCCAUUGCAACCAUUACUACAGUGGGGAAAUGUUAUUGUAUUAGAAAAUUACUCAGCUGUAAUAGUUUUUAUUUAUUAUGUAAUUUCUGAACUUGUGCAUUUUUCAGUUUGUCAUCUGAAGUAUUGCUUCUAAUAGUAAUACUACAAAAUCUAUUGUAACUAUACUAUGUAAACAUCUUUUAAGUAAAAACUACCAUGUCUUUUCAAGCUGUUUAUCUUGUAUGUUUGACCAGUUUCUGGAUCGGCCAUUUCUUUGGGAUUUUUUUGCAGGGUGCUUCUACUUCGACAGUGAAGAGAAGCCCUGUGUAUGUAUAGAGAUAGAUAGCAUGUCUGCCAGAAUGAACAGAUAGACCAAGGGUAAUUGUACUGAGUAUUCCUCCACUUCAAACCCAAACUGAUAUCUAGUUUGCUGCCUUUUAUUAUGCUCUCCUCUUUUUGUUUGCUGAAUUUGGAGCACUGGAGCAAUUUGUUGUUCAAGAGGACAUCCGUGAAAUACAUUGUUUCUGACAAGGAGCAAGAAUCUGUUAAACAUUUGGCUUAUGCUUUUUGUAGAAGUUGACAUGAUAAUUAGGAGAUUGUUUUCUUAACACACUGGAGUGCAAGAAUGGCAGGAUAGCUGGCAUGCUUAAUAGAGUAUGGAGACUUCCUCUGUGUAUGACUGCUUGAAGUUUUAGGAGUUGAGAGCUUUCCCCAGCUGUUUGCUGAUUUAAUUAGAUUUUUUUUCCUGUCAAGAAAUCUGAAGGUCAACACAUGCUUAGUAGAAUCUGUCAUUUAUGAUGAUUAAACACACAGAGAUGGAUCUUUAAAAAUCGGUGGUGCACACUUUAAGAAUCUGUUGUGUUUCAUUUCUAUGCUGGUCAGGAAAACAAACAACUAUAUUUUAAAAGCUUGUAAAUAGAGAGGUGGCUGUUUCUUGUAAGUCUCUGAAGUAUCUGUGGGAACUGAAUGUGGGUACUCUCUCAGAGCAGAGAUUCCUACAUUUGAGGUAAUUAAUGAGCAGUGUGGAAAUAGAGACUGUUUAUUAGGAGAUUGCCAGCAACCAACAACAUAUUAGCAACUGAGCUGUGUGUGUACUGGCCUUUUCUUAAACUUUUCCCUGUGUGAGUCAUGGUAGUAACACACUUCCCAGAGUCGCCUAGUUUGUGCUGUUACCUGUGUCCUGCACUCAGGUGAAAAAACACUGGUAGUGUUCCUAGGUCAGCAGUAGUGUUGGUGUUAGUACCUUGACGCUUCUGGUAAUGCUGGCAAAAAGCUUUAAGGAAAGUGUUUACUGCAAGGCUUUACACUACAAUUCUGUGCAUCUCUUGUCCUGCUCUUUUGGUAGGGAAGCUGAAGCUGCCAAAACAUAGUACAGUGAAAUAAUGGUCUGCUAGCCUGCUAAACAAGUGUCCAGCUUCCACAAUGCCUGUGCAGGCAGCUCAGUGGACAGAAUUUCUGUCCUGCCCAAUCUGCUACAACGAGUUUGAUGAGAAUGUGCACAAACCCAUCAGCUUAGGUUGCUCUCAUACUGUCUGUAAGACCUGCCUGAACAAGCUUCAUCGCAAGGCAUGUCCUUUCGACCAGACUGCCAUCAAUACAGACAUCGAUGUGCUUCCCGUAAACUUUGCACUCCUCCAGUUAGUUGGAGCCCAGGUACCUGAUCAUCAGACAGUAAAGUUGAGUAAUGUAGGAGAGAACAAACAUUAUGAAGUAGCAAAGAAAUGUGUUGAGGAUUUGGCACUCUACUUAAAGCCAUUAAGUGGAGGAAAAGGUGUUGCAAGCUUGAAUCAGAGUGCACUGAGCCGUCCAAUGCAAAGGAAGCUUGUGACGCUGGUGAAUUGUCAGCUGGUGGAGGAAGAGGGUCGGGUUAGAGCUAUGAGGGCAGCUCGAUCACUGGGAGAGAGAACCGUUACCGAACUGAUCUUGCAGCACCAAAAUCCUCAGCAGCUUUCUGCCAAUCUUUGGGCUGCCGUCAGGGCACGAGGAUGCCAGUUUCUCGGACCAGCUAUGCAAGAGGAGGCACUGAAACUUGUAUUACUGGCACUGGAAGAUGGCUCUGCACUCUCAAGAAAAGUUCUGGUACUUUUUGUUGUACAAAGGCUAGAACCAAGAUUUCCUCAGGCCUCUAAAACAAGCAUUGGUCAUGUUGUGCAGCUACUGUAUAGAGCAUCUUGCUUUAAGGUCACUAAAAGGGAUGAAGAUUCUUCUCUGAUGCAACUUAAAGAAGAGUUUCGGAGUUAUGAGGCUUUGCGGAGAGAACAUGAUGCCCAAAUUGUUCACAUUGCCAUGGAAGCAGGACUUCGAAUAUCACCAGAACAAUGGUCUUCCCUUCUUUAUGGUGACUUGGCACAUAAAUCACACAUGCAAUCCAUUAUUGACAAGCUCCAAUCUCCAGAAUCUUUUGCAAAGAGUGUACAAGAAUUGACAAUUGUCUUGCAGCGCACAGGGGAUCCUGCAAACUUAAACAGGCUGAGGCCUCAUUUAGAGCUCCUGGCAAACAUAGAUCCAAAUCCAGAUGCAGCGUCACCAACAUGGGAGCAGCUGGAAAAUGCAAUGGUCGCUGUAAAGACUGUGGUACAUGGGCUGGUGGAUUUCAUUCAGAAUUACAGUAGAAAAGGCCAUGAAACUCCACAGCCACAACCAAACAGCAAAUAUAAAACAAGUAUGUGCCGAGACCUUCGACAGCAGGGGGGAUGUCCAAGAGGAACAAACUGUACAUUUGCUCAUUCUCAGGAAGAGCUUGAAAAAUAUCGCUUGAGGAACAAGAAAAUCAGUGCAACAGUGAGAACAUUCCCCCUUCUAAAUAAAGUUGGCGUAAAUAGCACCGUCUCAACCACAACAGGAAACGUAAUUUCUGUCAUAGGAAGCCCUGAAGCAACAGGGAAGAUGGUGCCAAGUACUAAUGGAAUAGCUAAUCUAGAAAGUGGUGUUCCCCAAUUGAUCCCUCGCUGUGCGGACACCUCCUUGAGAGCUUUGGAGAAUAACAAGAAGGGAGGGAAGACUGGAGCCAACGGCCAGAAUGUUUCUGGAUCCCCUACAGAAUCACUACCUGAAAAUAAAAUUGGUUCUCCACCCAAGACUCCUGUAAGCCAGGCAGCAGCUACCUCAGCUGGUCCUCCUAAUAUUGGAACAGAAGUUAAUUCUGUGCCUCCAAAAUCCAGCCCGUUUGUUCCCAGAGUACCUGUCUACCCUCCACAUUCUGAUAACGUUCAAUAUUUCCAAGAUCCCAGGACUCAGUUGUCAUACGAAGUUCCACAAUACCCGCAGACAGGAUAUUAUCCACCACCUCCAACAGUACCAGCUGGUGUGGCUCCUUGUGUUCCUCGCUUUGUGAGGUCCAAUAACGUUCCAGAAUCCUCCCUCCCACCUGCUUCCGUGCCAUAUGCCGAUCAUUACAGUACAUUUCCCCCUCGAGAUCGACUGAAUUCUCCUUACCAACCUCCUCCUCCGCAGCCGUAUGGACCAGUUCCUCCUGUCCCUUCUGGAAUGUAUGCUCCAGUUUAUGACAGCAGGCGCAUCUGGCGCCCACAGAUGUACCCACGAGAUGAUAUUAUUAGGAGCAAUUCUUUACCUCCCAUGGAUGUGAUGCACUCAUCUGUCUAUCAGACAUCAUUACGUGAGAGAUACAACUCUUUGGAUGGGUAUUACUCUGUGGCUUGUCAACCUCCAAAUGAACAGAGGACUGUGCCUUUACCAAGGGAGCCGUGUGGUCAUUUGAAGACUGGUUAUGAUGAGCAAUUAAGACGGAAGCCAGAGCAAUGGGCACAGUACCACACGCAGAAAACUCCCCUGGUAUCAUCAACCCUUCCUAUGGCAACACCAUCUCCAACGCCACCUUCUCCUCUCUUCAGCGUAGAUUUCAGCACAGAGUUCUCAGAGAGUGUCAGUGAUUUAAGCGGAACUAAAUUUGAGGAAGACCAUCUCUCUCACUAUUCACCGUGGUCUUGUGGCACUAUUGGCUCUUGUAUAAAUGCUAUCGACUCAGAGCCCAAGGAUGUGAUUGCCAAUUCAAAUGCCGUGUUAAUGGAUUUGGACAGCGGGGAUGUUAAAAGGAGAGUGCAUUUAUUUGAAACUCAGAGAAGGGCAAAGGAAGAAGAUCCUAUAAUCCCAUUUAGCGAUGGACCGAUCAUCUCCAAGUGGGGUGCAAUCUCCAGGUCAUCCCGCACGGGUUAUCACACGACAGAUCCUAUUCAGGCCACUGCUUCCCAAGGAAGUGCUACUAAGCCCAUCAGCGUAUCAGAUUAUGUCCCUUAUGUCAAUGCUGUUGACUCAAGAUGGAGUGCCUAUGGCUCAGAUUCUACUUCAUCAGCACGUUAUGCGGAAAGGGACAGAUUCAUAGUUACAGAUUUGUCUGGUCACAGAAAGCAUUCCAGCACUGGAGAUCUAUUGAGUAUUGAAUUACAGCAGGCCAAAAGUAACUCAUUAUUACUUCAGAGAGAGGCGAAUGCACUAGCCACGCAACAGAAGUGGAAUUCUCUAGAUGAAGGCAGUCGUCUUACCUUAAAUCUUUUAAGCAAGGAAAUUGAUUUGAGGAAUGGUGAGACUGAUUAUACUGAAGACUGUGCAGACACAAAGCCAGAUCGAGACAUUGAAUUGGAGCUGUCAGCCCUUGAUACAGAUGAACCUGAUGGGCAAGGUGAACAAAUAGAAGAGAUUCUGGAUAUACAGCUAGGUAUUAGUUCUCAAGAUGAUCAGCUGCUCAAUGGAACAACUGUAGAAAAUGGGCAUCCACUAAAGCAGCACCAGAAAGAAUCUAUGGAACAGAAGAGACAAAGUUUAGGUGAAGACCUUGUGAUUCUGGAGGAGCAGAAAACAAUCCUGCCCGUAACUUCUUGCUUCAGUCAGCCGAUCACAACAUCUGUUAGCAAUGCAAGCUGCCUGCCCAUCAGCACAUCAGUCAGUGUUGGCAGCCUCAUUUUGAAAACUGCUCACAUUAUGUCUGAGGAUAAAAAUGACUUUUUAAAGCCUGUUGCAAAUGGCAGGAUGGUUAACAGCUGAAAGGCAUUCAUCUUUCCAGCUUGUGACCACACCAUGGAAGCAUUUACACUAGCUUUUUAUAUAUAUAAUAUAUAUUAUAUAAUGUAUAUUUUUUUUAAAAAAAAUAAUAUUGGGGUCAUGCAUUUCCUGUGGACUCUUUGAUACUUCAAGCCCCUCUCGCAUUAGCAUUCUGAAGAAAAAAAAAAACUUACUUUACUAGAGUAAGGCGUUCACUUUCCACCAAUGAAUGGAAUUUGGACAUUGUUUUACUUAAGCUUAAAGCAGCUUUUUAUGAGUUUGUAGCAAUCCGGUGCGGUAUCUGAGCCAUUCUUGUUUAAAAUGGCUUCUGUAGAAAACUAACAACUCAGUUAUUUAAACUAGCAGGAUCCUACGAUGAUACAUCUAGUGAAAGGAAGUCUAACUUAUUUGUCUCUAUUUUGUUUCAUGAGAGAAGAACUUGUGUCUUGUUGCAGCUGCUUUUUCUUUAGUUGUGGAACUUUGCAUGGAGUAUUGUUUCCUGUUUGAAGACUGAGAGGUGGAGAUUUGGACUUGAGACUUUUACAGGGUUAACACACCAUUAGCUUUGCACUGCUGCGUUAUCUGCAGGUCUGUGGUGCAGCGCUUUGCUGCAGCUUUUUGUUUCCAUUUCCCCCCCUCCCAAUUUCUGCUUUAGUACUGUAGAUACACAUACACAGGCUACUUGUCCAAGUAAAGUUAUCAGAAGUAAACCAAGUGCCUAAGUCCUCCAGCUAAUGUACUAGGUAUUGAUUUCCCCAAGUUACACGUGAAACAAUUUACAACCAUUUUGAGAGGUUAUGCACUAAUGUAACAGCAAUUUUGGUUCUUUUUUUUCUUUUUUUAUUAAUAGUUCUCAACUUGGAGGUUAUAGAAUCCAGAUGACUUGGCAAAAAGUAUCAGGUGCUCUUGGCUUUCCUUUGAAAACCCUGUAUGUAGUGUUUGCACUGACUAACAAGAUGGUAUUGCUGGUUUUUGUACUGUUUUGUUUUUAAUUUAAACUAAAUAUUGGGAAUUUAAGGCAGUUGUAUUACCUUUGUUAAAUGUUGUUAAUCAUAAUUUUGUAUUCAGGUUUAAUUUUUGCUUGUUCAGUGGCAACUUAUUUUCAAAGACCUUGAAAAUACAAUAAUAUAGCAUUAUCUGACCUUUAGAGUACUGAAAAGUGCAUGAAUUUAUGCCCUGUUAAGAUGUGACUGAGAAUCAUAUUAGACAUGUCAACUGAAAAUUGGUUUUCAUAAACACGUGUGAACUAGAGCCCUGGGCAUAUUUUUUCUUGAGAAGCGUAAAUAUCCACUUUUUUUUUUUUUAAAGAAAGCAGGACUCUCCCUCCUGAUGAUUACUAUCUUCUUGUUUGUCCUCUUACUUUUCUUUGUGACAAGUUUUACAUUUUUUUUUUAUGUUUUUAUUAACUUCUGUGAAGUUGUUUACUCUGAAAAUUGUACUGGAAUAUUUUAAGCCAAGCUGAUCUUUCACCAGGUGUACUGCAUGUAAGGGCUUUUCCUGCUAGCAAAAUGCUUAAAGAGGAUCAUGUUACUGGUCGUCUGAGUUGUUAUUUUACAAAAUCACAGCUAUGUGGUCGGGUAAGAUUUUGAUAACUGUUUUGUGCACGCUUCUGGGGGGUGGGGGUUGGCAUUUCCCUGAGGGUUACUGAUUAGACUAAGUAAAUAUUGGUGUUUGAUAUCUCUCCUAAUGAACCUGUCCAUGAAAUAAUUAUGUUGUAAAUAUACCUGAAAAUCCAACGGUUAGUUUUGAUAUUCUGGUGUCAGUAUGGAAGAUCUUACACAUCUAUUUAAUACUCAAAUGUAAAGGAAUGUAUGUAGAAAAACAGUCAAGUAGUCUUUUCUUAGUUUCCUUUGGCUGUUGCUGUACCUUCCUAUAGCCAGUACCACCUCAUAGCUAGGGAUAGACUGAUGCUUUGUUUCACUUGCAACUUGAAGUGAGUUGGAUACAAGAACCAGACCACCUUUGUCACCUUAACUUAUUUCCUAUUGAUGUUAACUUUAACUUAGAAUGUUAGACAUAAAUAUGAUUGUUGUAUAUUUUAUACCGAGACCAUUCUGUAAAUAUGAAUUUAUAUUACUUUUGAAAUGCUUCUGAGAUACUAUUAUUUGCUGUACAAUGUAAUUCCAAAACAGAUAUGCAAACUAGUAUGUCUCUUUCAUGGAUAUUUAAACAGUGAGAUCUUCCAUGUUGAAGGUGAUGUAAUUUUUUUAAAAGAUUUUUAAAUUUUAAAUUGCUAUUUUGUUACAAAAAUAGAGAAAAUAUAAAGGUUUGAGAAGUCCUUAUUUGCCCUCAGGGAAAGAGCCCUCUGUGCACCAGAACUCCACAGAACAUCUUCAGCAUGAUCUGAGGGUGAAUAUAUACUACAUAAAUUGAUUGUGUAUUUACCUUAACUUUUUAAUUUUAAAAUUGCAAUUUUAAAAAAAACUUGGUUGUGCUCUGCUGGAGGGGGAUUGGGAUAAGCUGCUUAUACACAUUUGCCUGUUUGUCCAGUGAAAUUACAUAAGCCUAACAUAUUCCUGCCAACCAUACUGGCAUAUUUAAGAACAAAUGUAUCUAUAUACUCGUCUGCAGCAGGAGGUCCCAUGAUAUAGCAGUUCUCUAGGAUGACCAUACACUUCAUAUGGAAAGUUGGUUCUUAACUGAGGCUAGGUUUGGUUUUUUUAGUUGAAUUUCUAAUAUAUAGAAUGACAGGCAAAAGAAUUAUUUGAGGGUUAUAACAGCAUGCCAGCUUUGUCUUAGGGUUUUAACACUGACUCUGUGGCUUUUGCCAUGAAACUAUGCCCUCCAGUGCCCUGACAAGGAGAAGCUGCAGGUGGGAACCUAGUUCUGGCUUUCUUCUUUGGUGAAGUUUCAGCCCUCGACUCUAUACAAACAAGUAUGUAUUCAUUUGUCUAGUUGCAAAUCAGGUGCCUUUGGGCUAUGGAAGGGCUUAUUUUCUGACACCGAGAUACAGUGACUAAUCUCUGUGGGUUAAUAGCAGUGACUCCCAUUGAGGUCUUGGCCUAACUUACCUGUGCUGUCAGAAAAAAGACCCAAAGCAGAUUUUGGAAAGAGGUUGGCUCUUUUGCUUUGCUUGGACAAGCAUUUUGGGUUGUUUUGGUUUGUUUUUUUUCCCCACUAGGGGUACAGCAGGGAUUUCACAUGCAAGAGAUACAGGAAUUAUUAGUAUCUAAGUUAAUUGUGUUGCCUCACUACCUGGAUUCAUUCCUCGGUUUGCCUCAUUUCCCACAUAGGUCUUAAUAGAGACUAAUGCUUGUGCUGGGAGAAUGCUUGUGUGAGAAAGUAAUUAUCUGUACAUUCUUAACAUACAGCAGAGUGAUUGCCCUGCUACUGAUAUUUUGUUCCUGUAAACAGGUGACAAGAAAUGAAUCUUAGUGUUUAUGCAGAUUUUGCAUUGUAGAAUGUAUACUAGACCCUUCAAAGGAAAGGUUAGACUCUUUGCAAAGCAAACUGGCGUUGGUUCUUGGUAGUCUAGUACAGGGACACUAAAGUUUGACAUUUGAUUUAGGAAAAAAAAAAAGUUGUAUGCAGCUGAAUAUGUUAAAUAAGCUCUUAAUUGCUCUUUGUAAUUUGGAAGGUUUUAGUGCUUUGAUAACACAAUUGAAAUUUUAAUUUAUCCUGUACUCAAGAGCUGAAUGUUGUUCUUGUAUAAUAGUGUACUAGGCUGGAUGAGGUACAAAAUAAUGCACAGUGGUCAGAAACAGCUGAGGAAAGAAUGCUUAAAAUAACUUGAUCUAAACUCAGAAUAGUUCCAAAUAUUGUUUUUGUUUGCUUUUUUAAAGCACAAGUUGUCAAGUUGUACCUGUUGCUGUACAUAAACACUGUAUGCCAGCAGCUCCUUGAUCAUAUUUGUGAACAGACUUUUCAUUAUUAUUAUUAGACUGUUAUUAAAGGAAAAUGUUGAAUUUGAGAGUGUAACAAAAUGAGAAGUGGUCGGAUUAUCUAUAGUAUGUAAAAGUCCAUUCUUUAUGUUGUAGUUUAAUCCCUUUGUUAGGAAAUUCCCUCUCAUUGAGGGACCUCUUCUGCAAGCAGAACACAAUAAAUGUGCUUUUUUAAAUGACCCAAUUUUCCAGUAUAAAUGAACAGCUGACUUUGGCAGUAGUCAUCACCGUGUAUCUCUUUGCUGGCAAGGGAGCACGACAAAAAAAAACCAAAAAACUAUCAGUGAUAAGACGAAACAAAUCUGAAUAAUCAAAAUGAGCAAUACCCGAACAUAAUACUACACCCUGUUAUUUAAGAAGGAUGCUUGUGGAAGCUUUUAAUCACUCAAGAUUUCGCUGUAAAAGCUGAAAUAAAACAGAGCCUGGCUGAGUUUAUUACUGCCAAAAGCCAAGGUCAUUUGCACAUAGCCCAUCAAUUUAUCCAGAGUAGAUCUCAGUUAAUCCAAGGCAUGGAAAUGCAUGCAUUUUCUUAGCUGGGCAAACAAGUACAUUAUACGGUAGUUGUGAUACAACACACGUGGCUUUUAUUUGUACUGCACAUACCCACUGUACAGCCACUCAGAAGUAUUGUGGUUAGCUUGCAGCAUCUGCUGUCCGCAUUUAUACUGUUUACUGCGUAUUCUUUUCCCUGGAAGUUUUAAAGAAAAUUUUUUUUUCUUGUUGCAUUGAUUACAUUUUAUAAAUUUGCUUAGCUGGAAAGUUUGGGAAAAGAGGCCUGUUUGUCAAUUGUACAACCGAUUGUGAAGCUCUAGUGUGAAUAUUUUUACGUCUGUAUUAGACAUUUUCUUUGCAAAUCUAUUGUUCGAUUGAAAUGUAAAUGAAAUAAAAGAUGGUGUACACCCAUCAUGUAUAAAGCAGGCACCAUCGCUACGAUGGAUUUAAUGCUCAUUUUUAUGGCGCAUUCUCAGCUUCUAUUUAAAACUAUAAUUUAAAAAUCUGUAAAAUGAAAUGGGGAUAUAUGGGGGAGUAAAUUCUAUUCCGUUUAUUUCGGUUUUGAGUUCCCAAUGGUAAUGUUUCCCUUGGUGUUAGAAGUAGGGGGGCCCCGGCGGGGCGGUGCCGUGUGUGUUUGCUGUAGCACUGAAGUGAAGAGGUUUUAGCUUUGGCUGGUCACGGAGUAGAGCAUCCUGGUUUUCAGUGUUUGAGAGACUUGAUGGAAGAAGUUUGCAGUAUUGACAUGUAUUUGCAUGCACGAAUAAAAAUUAUUUG